AUGGCGUUUGGCGCACCGAAACGGACCCAAAAGGUGGUUCCCCAGAAGCCACCCAAGGGCCACUUCUUCUUCGCCGGGCGGACCUUUGAACGGGUUCAAUGGUGGAAGAGAACGAACCUUCGCACCCUUUACAUUUACAUCAUAAUCCUGAUCCUCACAAAUACCGCCAAUGGCUUUGAUGGGUCCAUGAUGAACGGUCUCCAGGCCUUGACCUAUUGGCAGGAAUUCUUCGACCACCCCAAGGGCGCGAUCCUCGGCUUGUUCAACGCCUCGAUGAGCCUCGGGUCCUUGAUAGGACUGUUCUUCACACCCUACCUUAUCGACUGGCAAGGACGGCGAAUCGGUGUCGUGAUCGGCUGUCUCAUCAUGCUUCUUGCUGUCGGCCUGCAGUCCGGCGCCCAGAACUUCGGCAUGUUCGUGGCCGCUCGUAUAAUCAUUGGCUUUGGGGAUACCAUCGUCCUUGGUUCGGCGCCUCUGUUGAUCGCCGAGAUAGCGCACCCUCAAGACCGUGCUGUCCUAGUGACCCUAAGUGGAGCCUCGUAUCACAGCGGCGCGUUCAUUGCUAGCUGGGUCACAUACGGUACAUUGCAAAUCCAGAGCGAUUGGUCAUGGAGGCUUCCAAGUUUGCUCCAAGCUAUCUGCACCGUGGUAAUCGUUGUGAUGAUAUGGUUCAUGCCUGAGAGUCCACGAUGGCUCAUAAACAAAGACCAACAUGAGAAGGCGCUUCACGUAUUCGCAAAAUAUCACGGCGAAGGGGAUGAAUUAGAUGAAUUUGUGCAGCUUGAAUACGCCGAGGUCAAGGCAGCCAUUGAACUUGACAAGACGACCGGACAGACAAGCUGGAAGGACUUCCUCAGCACCAAAGGCAACCGUAAGCGUAUCGGCAUCAUUACGGCCAUCGGCUUCUUCUCCCAGUGGAGCGGCAAUGGCUUGAUCUCGUAUUACUUGUCGACCAUUAUGAAAAAUGUCGGCAUCACCAACCCGCAGACCGUUCUCGGUAUCAACGGCGGAAUGAAGACGGAGGCUCUGGUCAUUAACUUCGUUUUCGCAUUCCUUACUGAUAAGCUGGGAAGGCGUCCGCUGUACAUGCUUUCGACCGUCGGAACAUUCGUCAUAUUCAACAUCUGGACCAUCAUCUCAGCCAGGUUUGCAAUCGACCCAACGAACCAGUUGGGGUACGCCUUCGUUGCCAUGACAUUCCUAUAUGGGGUUUUCUAUGAUUUCAAAUCGGGUCUGAUGGCCAAUUACACCACGGAGAUAUUGCCGUACGGACUCCGUGCGAAGGGCUUCACGUGGCUGAACUUUUGCGUCACCCUGGCGCUAUUUUUCAACCAGUACAUCAACGCCAUCGCACUCGAUGCCCUUGCUUGGAAGUACUAUAUCUUCUACUGCGUUUUUCUCGCAUUCGAGGUAGCUAUCAUCUACUUCUACAUUGUCGAGACUCGCUACACCCCCAUGGAGGAGAUUGCCAAGUUCUUCGACGGCGACGACGCUGUGGACGUGGGUGAGAUCGCAACGGCCGAUGUCAAGGAGAAGGGAAUUGUGGUCACUGAGCACAAACAUGUUGAGGUGGCUGCACGUGAGCCUUAG